CCUGUUGUGCCACAUGAACAGUAAAAAUUCUGCGAAUUGCUAUCUUGCAUAUGUAUUAUGUUUUGCACUUGAUAUUGAUAAGGUGCUAUUUAAUCUCUCAGCUAGGUCAAGGGCAGAUUCCAGUGUUGUCACUGCUUUUGUUGCGAAGAACCUCCGUUCCCUAAGAAUUACGGCUUCAACCUGCAAAGAAAUGGCAUCAGAUAUUCCUGGCUCAGUGGCCCUGCCAGUUGCGCCGAUGGCAAGCGGACAAGUGAGAAUGGCAGGAUCGAUGCCCUCCCGAGGAGGAAAGCGCCGUUCUGGAAUGGACUUCGACGAUGAAGAUGGAGAGGGUCCCAGCAAAUUUUCAAGGUGAGCAUUUAUAGAGUUGAUC